UCAGCUGGCUGGCAGAGCAGAAUAAACUUGAGUUUAUUUUGAGUGAGAGAGUGGCCCAUUUAACGAAAUUUCACUCUAAAAUUAAAGAAUAACUGAGGCGUGAAUCUAAUAUACUGUGGCAAAUUGGUCUUCGAUCAACAAUGAUGUAUCCCAAUUAUCUACAAAAAAGAUUUUGUCUUUCAUGGUUUCAUAGUUUGAAAACAUAACCUCCCGUACAUUAAUAUGUCUAACCUAACCUGUCAAAGAGGUCCGUCAAAGAGAGGGGAUUAAAAACCGGUGUGUUGUCCGGUCUCACAUAAACAAUAUAUAUAUAUUUCUGAUAUAGAGAAUUCGCUCUAUAAUAUUUCAACAAUUCCUUUCAAAAUCGAGAAAUUAUUAAUUGAGGGUAAAUUUGGCGGGAUAAUUCUGAAAGAUUAUCUUUUAAAGGAUUAAGCCUUUUGAUCAAAAUGGGUGAGAGUUCAACAGUUUUACAGGAUCGGCAUUAUGUCAAUCCAUUUAAAGAUUUCUCUAAAGAUAAUGACAGUUCACCGAUUGAUGUCAAUGCGAAGGAGAUUCACAAAAACUUCCAAGAAAAAUUAACCGAAAAGACAAUUGCCUUAUUGAAAAAAUUAGAAAAAAACAAAAUGAAUUGGUAUAACAAUGAUGAUCAAUCUAUUUACACCGGAUUAAUUGGAAUCGCAUUCCUGUUCUAUCAUUACGGAAGAUAUUUCGAAGAGCCUACCUAUCUCUCUAAAGCAGCAGAGAUGGUUCAAAGUUGUGUGAGUAACUUAAAAUCCAAAAGACAAGUCACAUUCUUGACCGGAAGUGCUGGACCAUUAGCUUUAGGGGCUGUCAUAUAUGACAGUAUCGAUCGAGAAGAAUCAGAGGGAAUGAUUUUAAAAUUAAAAUCGUUAUCAAAUAAUGUUUUGGGAGACAAGAGCGACUUGCCUGACGAAUUACUUUAUGGAAGGGCUGGAUAUUUAUUCUCUCUUCUAUUUGUAAACUCUAAAAUAUCUCCUCCAAUAGAUGACGAUCUCAUAAAACAAGUUAUUGCGUCAAUUUUAAAGUCAGGGAGAAUUUAUUCAAUGAGAAAGCACAGUAAAUCACCAUUAAUGUACGCUUGGCAUGAUAAGGAAUAUCUUGGAGGGGCUCAUGGAUUAGGAGGGAUUCUUUAUUUGCUGCUUCAAGCACGCCAUUAUUUAUCUCAAUCUGAGUUGAAAGAUGAAAUUGAACCAUCUUUAAAGUAUCUUCAAAAGUUGAGAUUUCCUUCUGGUAACUUUCCUUCUUCAGUAGGAAAUGAAUCUGAUAAACUAAUACACUGGUGUCAUGGAGCUCCUUCUAUGACGAUGUUGUUUACCCUAGCUUAUAAGGUUUUUGAUAAUAAAGAUUAUCUGGAGACUUCCAUAAAAUGUGGAGAAGUGAUCUGGAAUCGAGGAUUGCUUAAAAAAGGAUAUAGCAUAUGCCACGGAGUUCCUGGAAAUGCAUAUUCAUUUCUAAACCUUUUUCAGGAAACCAAAGAUGAAAAACAUCUAUACAGAGCUUGCAAGUUCGCAGAAUGGUGUUUCGAUUAUGGAUCUCAUCAGUUAAGAACUCCAGAUCGACCUUUUUCUCUUUUCGAAGGUUUAGCCGGGACAAUUUACUUCUUGAUUGAUCUACAAAAACCAAUGUUUGCUAAAUUCCCUGCCUACACAUUAUAAAGCUAUCAAUAAUUUUAGUAAAUUCCAACAAUCUAUUUGAUUUAUUUUUCACUUUCGUUCAAUAAAAUAAGAACGCAAUUUAAUAUUUUGA